AUGUCCUCCAUCACCUUUCUGGCUCAUGCCCUGCAAGUGAGCGACAGCCAUCACCUUGGCAAACUGUGUCAGGCGGUGGAGAGUGAGGCCAUGGCCAUCGUUGGCGCGGGUUGGGUCAUGGCCGACGAGGCUCUCGUCCCGCUGGCCGUCCAUGCUGCCAACUACCGCAACGGAGCAACCUAUCUCGACUCGCUGCAGUGUCCUUCUGGCGCUGCCCUGGCUUGGAGGAAGAGCGGCGUUUACGGGUACCAGAUUGAUCCCUUUGGUCACGCUGCAUCACUUCCGGUCCUCGCCAAGGCCCUCAACUGGGACGGCGCCAUCAUCAACCGCGUCCCGCGCUCCGAGAAGAAGGCUGUCAUUGAUAACGCCAGCCUCGACUUUGUCUGGGGCGACCUCCCGGUCUCCCUUCUCUUUGAUCACUACUCCUCGCCGCCUGGCUUUGACUUUGAAAAGGCCAACGUUGCCUUUGAUCUCGAAGACUCAGACCAAGUCGUGGCCAAGGCCGCCGAGCUGGCCGGCCUCGCCCGUCACCGCGCUGCCGCUCAUCCAACCCCACACCUUCUCCUGAUGUACGGCGACGACUUUCGAUACACCACGCCUCAGCUCUACACCGUGAUGGACGCCCUCCUCGCAGAGCUCGCCCGCCCUGGCUCGCCGGCGGCCCUCGAUGGCUUCACCUUUGGCUACUCGACCAUUCCCGCGUACAUGCGAGCUGUGGCCGACGCCACAUCGCGUCCGCUCGCCCGCCGCCCGCGCGACUCGGACUACAUGACCUACUCGGACCAGGCGCUGGAGCACUGGUCCGGAACCUAUACUACCCGGGCGAGCCUCAAGGCCGCCAUCGCUCAAGCCUGGGCUGCCCUCGCCGCCGCCGACGCCCUGCUCGCCGUUCACGCCCCCGCCGCGCUCCCCUCCAAUGCGGCCGCCAUCCGCCGCUCUGCAUCCAUCCUCGCCCACCACGACGCCAUCACGGCCUGGGACCCCAUUGCCAACGCGGCCUCGCGCCUCCCACCGCCGGGCUCCGAAGCCUCAGUCACCCUCUACGUCGUCGUCGUCAAUCCGCUGCCAAUCGUGCGGACCGAGCUCGUUGAUCUGGCCCUGCCCCAGGCAUGGGACCUGCCUGCCGACGACGACCUCGCUGUCCGGGUCCGCAUCGUAGGCGGGCCUGUCAUCCGCCACCAACUCUCGCGCUUCCGCCACAGCGUCGCCGUCGAGCUCGUCUUGCAGCCGCUCGCGGGCCUCGCCGUCGAGAUCACUCUGACUCGGUCCGCCCUGCCGCCGCUCCCGCCGCCACCGCCGGGCGUCCGCUCCGUCGUCUCGCAUGCCCUUGCCACAUCUGCCGCCGGCAUGCUCGUAGUCCUCGACGCCCUCAACCUCGAGUCGACCAUCGUCAACUACGUGGCCCCGGCCUCGGGCGCCUACCUCUUCAAGCCGCAGCUCGGCAAGUGGUACUGGAUCAUGAGCGGCGCCGCCUUUGCCAUCGUUGUCCUCGCCGCAACCCUCGGCCCCGCCCUUGCCGCGCGCUGCUGCUUCCGCUACGCAUGGGCCAUCCGCCGGCCCAAGCACAAGCUCAAGGCCGACGACGACGUCCUAAUCUUUGACGCCGAGCUCGGCGCUGGCCAGAGCAUUCGCCACCUACAGCCGCCGCGAGAUCUCAGCCCAAUCCCGCUUCCAGUCCUCCGCGGAGGCGUCGCUGCCCUCGUUAGCGCUGUCCUCGGCGGACUCGUUCUCGUCGCCAUCGUCCGGCUGGAUGCUCGCGAAGACCACGUGGUUGCUCUCGGCCUCGCUGCAGCCUCCCUCGCUCUCUUCUUCCUCCACCUCUCGCUGCCGGACGGCAUGAUUCGCAGCCGGCAGCUGGAAACGCUGGCGACGGCAGCCGCCAUGGUAGUCGGCGCCACGCUCGGCGUGCUUUGGCUCAUCUUUUGUGCGCCGACCUGGCUCGCAGUGCCCAUGCCGCUCGAUGGCGCGAAGCAAGUCGCCGUGGAGAACGGCGAGCUCUAUCUCCUCCGCGCCUUUGAGGUCCCGUCAGGCAUCUCUGUCGUCGCCCGCCUCGCCUUUUCUGGACGCAUCGCGCUACCGCUGCGGUACGAGAUCGGCGUCCCGCACGCGCCGGGCCUCGAGACCGCGCUCCGCAUCCGGGUCCCGGCCGCCUCGCAACUGCUCACCGACGACGGCGUCCAGCUCGUGCCACGAACCGCGGCCACAAGCCGCCUCUUCUCCGGAAACGUCUUCCCCACCGUUGGAGGAGCUCUCUUCUCGCGGCUGGCCGUCUUCAGCCACCGCCCAGCCGGCCUCGCCGCCCUCACCCCUUACGAUCUCGACCUCUUUCUUCAUCGCUCGCCCGGCGUCGACGACUUUCGCGGGCUCAACGACGGCGCUGACGACGGCAAGCCCGCCGUCACCGUCCUCGACCUCGGCGUCGACGUCUCGCCCCUGGACGGCCUUGCCUCCGCCCUCGCCGCCAUGCCCGACUCGCUUGUCCUCGUCAGCAUCGAGGCCCGCGACAUCGCGCCGGGCCGCCGCAUCCGCGCCGUCUCGCUCAUGGUUCGCGCCCCUACCGAAGGUGGUGCCGACGGCGUGCCGGCCGCAGACACUCGCGCCCUCGCCGCCAGCUGGCUCGGCCUCGAACCGGCCGAUCUCGUCGAGACCUGGCUUGACCUUGCCCCGCGACCAACCGCCAACCCGUAUCCGAUUGAUUUGGCCACUUUUUCUGGCGAUUCGUCGUACUAUGAAUCGUCAUCGGACAGCUCAAACACGAUCAUCCACGACAACCCACAUCAUGCCAUUAACAUGAAUGGCAACAACUUGUUGUCGGCAAACUCCUCGUCCGACAAUGCGCUCAAGAUGACCCACGGUGAGCUCCCGCCGGCGAGUGCUCCUGCGGGCAUGCGUCACCUCUCCAUGAGCGGCCAGUUCAAGGUUCCGGUCUUCGACUCGCCGCUUAUGGUUCCGCCCGAAUUAGAUGAGCUGAGCGAGGGCCGAGGACAGGUCAUGUCGGAGACUCAAGCUGGCGACGGAAGCGGUUCGCAGCGGCAAGCCAUGUUGGCCCGAUCACUCAUCCGCUCGCCGCCGCCUCGCCGUCGCCCGCUCACCCGGCCGUUUGUCCGGGCUAUGGUAUGGAGCCUCCGCAUGGGCGCGGCAGUGGCGGCGGCAGGCCUGGCGGCGUCGUGGGAGCCCAUCCGUCAGAUUGUGGCCGCCCCCUUCCUCAUCCCGGUCUUUGCGGUCAUCAUCGUCAACGCGUCGCUGGCCCAGACGCUGCGCUCGGGCGCGCUUGGCAUCAUCGGCGCCGCUGUUGGCGCCGCUGUCGCGCUCAUCACCCAGUUCAUUCCGCUGGCGCUGCUGGCAUCAGACUCGCCGGCCCGCGUCUGGGCUCAGAUGGUGGCCUUUGCGGUGGCACUCUUCGGCACCUCGUUCCUCCUCCGCGACAACUUUCUCAUCAUCAUCGCCCUUGUUCCGGUCAUUGCACACUCGCUCUCAUCGGCGGCCGCCACCGCGCCACCGAUCUUCGACUACCUCGCCGCCGUCAAGGUUGUUUUCUCCAUUACGCUCGGCAUCAUCACCGGCGUACUUGCGGCGCUCCCGUUCCCGCACUCGGACGCCGCGCGCCUCGACGACAUCCUGCUGGCGUCAACCCAGACCGUUGCCUCGCUCUUUACCGCCCUUGUCGACUCGUUCCUUGUCCAAUCGUCCGGCACCCAGUUCCGGGCCGAUCUCCAGCGCCAGCGGGCGCGGGCGCUCUUUGUCCUCCUCGAGUCGCAGAUGGAGCUCGCCCAGAAGCACCACGCGUGGCUUGCUUGGGACCCUGCGCUCUUUCUCCAUUCCGGCCGCCACAAGCGGGCCGCGGCUUACGGUCGGCUGCUCAAGGCCUUCCAUGAGCUUGUUCUCACCCUCCGAUGCCUCGAGACUACCCUGACCAACGACGUUGUCAAGCUCCGCUACCUCGAGGCCUUUCGGCCGUACAUAGCUGCGCCGCUCAACGAGCUCGCCGCAGCGACCCGGACCUUUGUCACCGCUCUCCCGCUCUCGUGGUCGCGGUCGUCGUCGAUGCUCUCGGAACUCUCCGUGUGGGCCGCCCCGCCGGCAGCCGAGCUCUCGGCCGAGCCGCUGGUCGCCGCCAUGGCUCGCGCCCGCCAGGAGAUCUUCUACUCGAGCGGUUCGUUCGACGCCAACCUCCCGUCCACAACAGACAUGAUCAACAUGCAGACCAUGAUUCUCGCCCUCCGGAACGUGAUCGAGCGCACGAUGGCGCUCGCCACCGUUUUCGAGACCCAGCCCGAGGAAGAUCCAGCGCCGGCGGCCACAGACCACCAGUCGAUGCUUGCUGCCUUUGCUGAUUUGGUGCUGGGCAAGGCGCCGCGCGGCACGCGGGCGGCAUUUGCGCUCCGGCGGACCGGCGGCAUCCUCAUCGCAUCGCUCAUUGUCGUUGUCCCCGAGCUCACCCAAGAGUUUGGCCGCAACGCCGUCUGGGCUCCGCUCACCGUCUGCUUCCUCAUGCAGACUUCGGUGGGCGGCUCGCUCAAGCGGAGCUUUCUGCGGCUGGAGGGCACCGUGGCCGGUGCCGUCUUUGCUUACUUUGUCGUUGUGGUCCUCGGCGCCUACUUGCCUGCGGUCAUUGUCCUCAUCGCCGCCUGGGUCGUCCUCUCCGGCUACAUCCGCGCCUCGCCGCAGUACUCGUACGGCGGCCUUGUCUCCGCCUUUACCGCCGCCCUCAUCGCCUUUGGCAACGAGGAUCCCGACGUCUCUGACGAGGCCUACGCGCUGGCCCGGAUCAAGCAGACCGUCCUCGGCAUUGCUGUCACCCUCCCUGUCACGCUUGUUGCCCCAGGCCCCUGGAUCGGGAGCCGGCUGACCGGCGCCCUGCGCGCGACCGUCGCCUCGCUCGGCGACCUCAUGGACGGCGUGCUAGAGCUGGCGCUCGAGCCGUCGUCGGGUCAUGGCCCGCAGGGCAUUUCGGUCCGUCGCGAGAUUGCUGAUCCGACGUCGCCCCAGACCAAGGCGCUGAUGAAGCCGGUCUGGGCCGGCAUCGCAAAGCAAGAAGCCAUUCUCGGCCUGAGCGAAGUCGAGCCGGUCCUGUGGCGGACCCCAGUCCCGCGCCAGCACUGGGACCGUGUUAUCGAGGUCCAGCGCGACCUUGUCCACGUUCUCAAGUGGAUGGACCAGCUAACGUCCAAGGGCCUUGGCGACGAGGCCCACCGAUCGCGAGUCAAGUACCUGGCCGCCCUCGACGAGCAGCUCGGCGCCGUCGCCCAUGUCUUCUCGCGAGCGAUCGCCAAGCUCCUCCGCGAUCUGGACCUCGCCGCCUCGCUCUCGCGUGGCCUCGAGUACGACGAAGAGACCGCAAUGCUGAUCUCGUUCAUGGCCAAGACCGCCCCCAAGCUCCGCGCCGCCUACGAAGCCGUCCUCCUCAACCACGUCGCUUCGGUUCACCGGCAGCACACCGGCGGCUCGGUCCAUGUCAAGGCCGAGCUCGACACCCCACUGGUGACCCAGCUCUCGGCCACUAUCUUUUGCAUGGCUCGCAUCGCCGAGCACCUGCGGCUGCUUUGGGAAGCUCUGCUGGAUCUCGAGCACGAAAAGCGGCUGCAAGGCUGGUGA